UUGUCAAGUCUGUUUCCUCUUGCCGCAGCAUCGAGGACCACAACUUCCGUAGUGUGGUCCUGGAUGCAUAUUUUGCUUCGAAGCCCUGACAGAGCAAGUGCACGAUUUCGUGAGCUACCUGCACGGACGCUUCCCGGAGAUCCUCUGUAUCGACCGCUGCGCGAAAAUACGUCCGGAUGACGUUUCGACGGAACAUUUCGAGGUUGCGCGAGUGGAGAGAGACGUGGACACAGAUCUCCAACAUGAGUUGCUGAAGGUGUCCAUGAUAUCCAAGAUGGUCUUCGAUCGGCGUCUCCGGUGGGUGGUCGAGGCGGCUCCUACCGUCAGCCCGCACAAUCGGAUUUCAAACGUGAUGCACCGGACAGCACGGGGAAAGCUCGCGCCUGAAGGAGCUCCUGAGCGCGGGGACGCGGGGGAUCUUUUGCGCGCUCUCGGCGACGGGGCCAUCACCGACCUGUCCAACAAGACCAAGGAUGACCUCCAAAACAUCUACAGGCUCUGCUACCCCCCGCCGGCAAGGGUAUCAGCGAGUGAUUUCUGGAGUCGCCAACGGACACGCCCUUGUGUGCAACGUUUUCCCCCCUUGGAACUUCUAAUCCAGUGCCUCACGCGGCCCUGGGAGUCCGCGGGGAUUGGGGAUAGGGAACGGUGUUCCAGGAUAUUUAUCGGGAAACCAUCAGGGUUGACCACAGGAGUGGAAGGUCUCUUUGGGACUGAUGGGGUUUUGUAUGCGUUGGUGUUCCAGGUCGCGCGCGAGAGCGCGGCGGACGGAGUGGACAUCAUCUCGCAUCGACAGUCAAGUACCACCAUGCCUGCUGAUCACGGAUAUCCCAUGCAUGAUUGCACCCAUUGCCGAGAGGCUUCACCCCGGUCUACACCAGGAGGCGGCGCCCUGCCACGGAAUGCCGAGCUUCAAGUUUGCCUCAAAGAACUGCAGCACGUCGGAGCCCGUGCGUACGAGUUCCCGGAUCUGAACGAGGUUAGGGUCCCGCCGAUGGAAUUCCCAUCUCCUACAACCACUGCUUCUGCGUCGGAUGCCCACCCCGCUCAAUCUGUGCCCACCGUGUACGCGGCCUAUGCCGUCGGGCAGCCAAUGCCCGGCGUUCAACCGCACCUGGACUUCCGCGCCCUCCUUCAACGUGCUUGUGACGUUGUUGAAAGGAAUCGUGAGGUGCACGCUACUGAGGGCAAUGCGAGCGGGGUCGACUGGUCAUCUUCAGCCAAGCGCAUCGCCGACCUUGCUGAGAGUACGCUCAAGUCUCUUCACAAGCAAGGAUGGCACGCCAUGACCCUCUUCGAGGUUGUACUGAUGUACAUGUUGUGGUUUCAGGCAGCUGCACACGCCGCCCCGGAGGACGAGGAACAGGGGCCGGCACCGAGGCCGGCACCGAGGCCGGCACCGGGGCCGGCACCGGGGCCGGCAACGGGGGAUGGGGUGGGGAGCCGAACCUGCUGGGGCAGACGACGACGCCCCACCACUGCGCGAGAUAGCCGACUUGUGGAGAUCAGAGUAUUUCCUGAUUUCCGCGUGCCUCACGGAAGUUCUGAGGGUAGCGAUAGGAUCCACUAGCACAAGCACCGGCUUGGCGACGAUGACCCUGCCUGGUUUCAUGUCAGACGACAUUCUCUACCAAAGUCAGCCAGAGGAAGGGACUGGAGUCAACAUGGAGGAGGGUGCUGGCGACACUUCUCCCACCAAGGUUUUAAGAGACCUUGAGGCCGUCGUCGAGCUUUAUCACAAGAAGAAGGUCGAGUACAUUUCAAGCCUCCUCCAACCCGCAGACCAACACGCAUCCGAACGCGCAUAUCGUUUGAUCCAAGGAGGGGUCGGUUUUGGCGCGGCCGAGCACUCCGUCAAGGCGUUGCAGAUAGCGCUUUGUGGCGACGCUCUAGGGGGGGGGAUGGGCGAAGAUGGGAAGCUUUCUGCCUACGGCAUCUCCUUCGACUUCAGGCGGGAUCAAGAAUUUGAUUCUUUUUGCCACUUCUACGACAACAAGUGAGUGGGUAUUUGGCUCGCACCGGACGGGCCGCACGAGGAAAACCACCAAAGUUCUUGCCAAUACCGGUUCGCCGGUCUUUCCCGGUGUGCACAGAGCAAAACCAUGCGAAGAAGAGCAAGUUCCUACCCAGUGUCAGCGGCAUGAAUUCGACACAUUCACCUUCAACAUCACCUUGAUCAACGAGUUGGAAAAUGCUGAAAUCAACCGCAAGACGUGCAACCUCGCCGUAGCAAGUGCCACUCAACACCCCUACGUCAGACUGCAUGCUUGUCGUAAAGAGGUGUGGACUUACGGGCGAUGCUUCUGCGAAGAGCCCCUUAUGAGGUCCUUCGACAACGUUGGUAGAAUGCGCAUAACACGCGUUUCGCUGCAAGAUGGGAUGUGACCUGGAGUGGGUACAUGUUGCGGCAUUCUUUGAGGUUUGCUUGGCUCGCUUGCCUUGCACUUGCGGUAAUUAUGGUGUGCGAUAGACCACCGUGAGCUUUCUGUCCGUUGACUCGUCUGGUAGUUUCUGCAGGUCUACCACUGGUUUGCCAAGUCUACGGCAAUAAUGUCGCCCCUAUGCGAGGCCAUGUUGAAGCACCAAAAUACAAAUGGGAACAGAGGAGAGGGGACGUUGCCAACACACAUUCCUGGUGAAGUCUGCUACAUCAUUCACGACACAUUUCUUCGAUUCUGGUUUGGUGCUCGAGCUUUGGUGCUCUGGUCGGCGGGAAAUCAUCGCUUUAACCCAAUGUGUCUGUGCAAACGUCUGCCCCCUCCCCCCUAGCCCUACAAAGCUCCAUGGAUUCUCUCUUUCGCAGCCUUCGGAAGGUUUUCAGCGUACACAAGGGUGUCAACAACGAGAGUCGCAUGCAUAAAGAUGUCCGACAUGCGUCCAGACCUUGCUGAUGAGAGCUGGCUGAUGGUGACACUACUGUACGUGUUGAUACAAUCGGGCAUUCCUCCGCAGCUGAAACCACAGCUGAAACCAAGAGUAUGAUCUGUUUCUCUUGUCGCCUUUGCAAGACUAGACUACAAUAGUUUAAACCGAUAAGGGACACAGGGGACAUGCCUUUGGUAGGCACCGCUAGCUCCCUGUUUGCGCUGCUGCUCUAGGUGGCAGCGGCCGGCGGGUGUAGAAUACUAUCAAAACCGCAAAAUACAACCCGGUAGACACAGUUCAAUUCACAGUGGUCGAUCCAUCCAAUCAAUAAAACAAUCCACGGCCAUCGUCUGUUGUGUGGGACGUAGACUUUGCAAAACAGAGCCGUGCAGGGUUGUUUCCUGCGCUCAGGAUUUCUCGUAUUUUCCCUCAAUCGCCUCCCGCUUUCAUUGUAAUCAUUCUAUCGCGCGCGGGCUAGCGAGCUGACGCGUUUGUCGGCCGUUGGUGCAAUUCGAGGCGACAGCGCCCGGGAGGGAGGGAUCGAUGAAAGGGGUGUUUCAUCGAUUAGCAUCGGAGCAUCGCCAGCAGCAGCAGCGAGCAUCGACUGCUGUCCAGACUAGUCUAGUCUAUAGGUCUACGCUGUGCGUGUGAGCACCGAUUGUGUCCUCUUCGUCGGCGUAGGGGCAGUGCCCAUUAAGACUACGGGAAACGGGGAGGGCUGCAGCAGAGAGGAGCAGCGACUCGNUGCUGUGCGUGUGAACACCGCAUGUAUAUAUGUGUCCUCUUCGUCGGCGUAGGGGGAGCGCCCGUUAACACUGUGGGAAACGGGGAGGGCUGCAGCAGAGAGGAGCAACAACUCGCUCCUGCCUCCGUCAACGUCAACCUCACCACACGUCAACCCCAGCNCUGUUUCAUCGAUUAUCAUCGAAGCAUCGCCAGCAGCAGCAGCGAGCAUCGACUGCUGUCCAGACUAGUCUAGUCUAUAGGUCUACGCUGUGCGUGUGAGCACCGAUUGUGUCCUCUUCGUCGGCGUAGGGGCAGUGCCCAUUAAGACUACGGGAAACGGGGAGGGCUGCAGCAGAGAGGAGCAGCGACUCGCUCCUGCCUCCGUCAACGUCAACCUCGCCACACGUCAACCCCAGCCAGCGAGCCAGCGGAGCCAGCGANACAGCCAGCGAGCACCAGCUCGCUCGCUCGCGCAGAGCCUCGCCUCGGAGAGCAGGAGAGCAACGUAUAUCAAUAGGCUCUCCAGGACCGGGUUCCAAAACUGAACCAUCUUUACGUACCGAGAACAUUCCUGUAUGCGAAAGAUUACUGAGUCAGAGACGUAGAAAUCUGCGUUUUGUGAAGGCGGAAGAAUAGUCCCCAGCCAAUCAGAGUGUCGCACGGGAUGCCCGGAAUAAAGUGUGUGUGGAAGCGAGGAGUGUCACUUGUGUUCCGAACGCGUCGAGAAAAGGGAUCGAGGCGUCCGGCGUUUUUUACGUGCUUUUGAGGGUGGUAGUAGGAGGGAGAGCAGAUUCUUAGCGCGGGCAUUCGUAAGGUAGUUGCCUGGGCUAAGUGUACCCGGUGUCCUUUUUCCGCGAAGCCCGGGUACAGGGUAGUACGAGUUGCGCCAAGUAAUUUUCGAGCGUGUUCCUAUGUGCGGUGGGCUGUUAGUCUCCGCAGCCCCGGUUACCGGAACGCACGUACCAGGUUUCGGGCGCGGUAUAGUCCGCAGCCCUGUUAAGUGUGUUUAUCGCGUAUGAGCUUGGCAGAGUAAGGGCGCACCUCGGAAAGUCGUUUGGGCGUACACAUUGUAUGAAUAUUUCUUACGUGCGUUGUCGUUCGGCAUCUUGUUAACAAUGCCCGAACCGUAUACGUUUGGUGGACCUGCAAUGUGUGUACGCUAGUGUGGGGGAAUCGUUCGCCUAUGCUGUGGCGAUCUAGAGAGAGUGUGGAAUGUUAGCUGGGACUAGAAUAGUGUUUUUUUUUGUGGGUCGUGAGUUGGGGAGAUGUGAUACAGAAGGAGCGGUGCAUAUGCAACUGACGAGAAAAUAUAGGUAGAC